AUGCUGAUAGGCUCAGCGAACGUGAGGUUCCAGACAACACCGACUCACCCAUCAAACUUCACCGACAUCAAGGUGUCCACCCAGGGAGAGGGGACAGCGCGAGUGCGCGGCUGUUACCACAAUCCCCGCACCGGCCUGGGCCUGUUUGGCAUUCUGCCAGUGGUGACAGAGGAGCUGGAUGCUUCACCUGAUGCCAGCCUGGGGCUGCGCUACAGCACCGCUAAAGUGUCCCUCGGGAUCGUCACCAACCCAUUCUCCGAGUCUGUCAACCAGAUCUGGGCUGUUGCGCGGGAGGGGCCGCUGACAGCAGGCGUGCAGCUCAAGGCGCCGCACCUGGAGGACCUGUUGACGAAGCGGCCGCAGCAGGCGCUGAGAGACGCGCAGUCCGCCAGCAGCUUUGCUUUCUCCUACUCCCCUGCAGGCCGCGCCGUGGGGCGAGGGCAAUUCACAGCGGCGAUAGAGGUGCAGGAGCAGAAGCGGCUGAUCCUGUCCUUCCUGCACCACAUGGCCGUGCAGCGGCUGUGCAAGAACCCCUUGGAAGAUGAGGAGGUGGUCGGCAUCACAAACUACCUCGACAUUGGGCUGCAGGCAAGCUCCGUGGUGACCAGCAUCGCAAAAGGACACAAGCGGGUGGAUACGAGUAAUAUCGACACCAUGGCCAAGGAUCUCAGCAGUGCAAACCCCAACCUGCGCCUCGGCGCAGCCUGGCAGGUGAACAAGAAUGUACUGGUGAAGGGGAGGGUGGGGACCGAUGCAGCAGUGGCGUCCCUGGCCUUCAAGGCAUGGUGGCAGCCCAGCUUCACCUUUGCAGCCUCGGCAGGCUAUGAUCUGAGCAGCCGCAAGCCGCGUGUGGGCUUUGUGUUCAACGUGGAGAACUAUGGCAACAUACGGUACGAGCGCGGUCAGCAGACAGCAUUUGGAGGGGCGCUGGUUCAGAGGCACGUGGCGCUACCACAAGACCUGGCCAACAGGGAGGGCAAAGGGCUGCUGGUGCAGCGAGAUGACUUGGACAAUGCCCGCAUCCUGGGACAGGCCACCACGGAUGCCAGCUUUGUCCUCUGA